GGUCUAGCUGUACAUAACGUAGGCGUAGAACUUCUGGCCCAGCCCAGGCCGGUAUAGCAUUUCCUCAUUGCUAUCAAACGCUUGCAAGUACACCAACACGUACAGUUCUUGGAUUCCUGCUUCCUGUUGUCAUCCAGGACAUUGUGACUUCUGAUACUGCAAUCAUGUCUCCCGCCGAUGCAUUUGGCCAUUUUCUGCUGCCAUUGACAAUGAACAAAGGUCACAUUGAGACGAAGGUGGCUGAUUACGUGUUUGACGUGAGAAGCACCUAUCUCGAAUUGAAGAAACAACGGCCGGAACGGCAUGCCAUCAGAAAUCUACUUGGAAUGCUUGCCUUUCGAACUGGUCAGUUUCAAGAAGCUUUACAAUAUCUUGACAGAAUCCUAUCCACAGGGGAAGAUCCCGAGAACUUGAACGCCCUGGCAAAUCGUAAGUACAUUUGUGAGAAGUUAUUCAGGAUUCAAGAGGCCAGAGAUUGUGAGCAAAGAAUUACUGAUCUCAUAAAUGAUGAUGGAACCGAGGGCUCACGGGAGAAGUGCAUAAAGCUACGAGCACGUAGUCUGGCAGAGCAGGCUUUUGCCUACUCGUUCGAACUUUUUGAGGAAACGGUAACCGUCGAACGCUAUCUGAAAUCAGUGGAAUUAUACGACCGGGCAACUCAACUUGCUGGACAUUUAAUAGACCAAGAUGAGAGAGAAGAUUGGGAAUCUGUGUGUGGAAUGGCCUGUCAUAAAAUAUAUACCAAAUGCAAAUUCGACAGGUCAAUGAAACAUCAACAGAAAACGUGGUUUCAGAAAGCUGUCAACAAAUUCUUGUCGAUAGUGCAAACAAGUUGCGAGAAUAGUUUGCUGAGUGAAAGCUGGCGUCAUCUUGGGGAACUAUUCAGACAACCAAAUGAUUUACCUUCCAUACCACAAAACAUGGCAAUUUACGUGAAAGAACCUGAAAAGUGCUUUGAAAAAGCUUUGGAAAUCUCACCUAGGGAUGGAAAAAUUCUUGCAAGGAUUCUGGCCAGAUAUGCUUCCCAUUUUAGAAAAAACGAGAAAUACGCAGAUGCAAUAAUGAAGGUCAAUAAAUCUAUCGAAUGUGACCCCUCUGGGUUCAACAACCACGCCUACUAUGUGCGGGCAAGCAUCUCGCUCGAAGUCUACAAGAAAAGGCUCAAAAACAUGAGGUUGCAUCCCGACGAUCCUCCUGAUCCAUCCUUUCUAGAGGACGCCGAAAGAGAUAUGAAGAUAGCUUUUCAACAAUCAUCCACGCCGUGGCAUUUUCAUUGCAUGGCUGAGGUCUUGUAUUACAAAGCAACACAUCCAAACAAACACUCAGGUGAAGCAAGGACGCGAAGGAAUGGAAAACAUGCAACUCGCCCUGACAUACUGUGCCAAAGCCGUCACAUGCCAAGAUGGUCAGAAGCAGGCAGAUUAUCACAGGCUGCGAGGCGACUGUCUCUGUGCUAUGGGUGAGCACCAGGCAGCUUUAGUGUGCCACAAACGAGCCCUUGAGUGCGAAAUAGGCGUUAAUCACUAUAAAAGAAGCGGCCAUUCUCUAGUGAUAGAGUUCGCACAUAUUCUUGAGCACAAGCAAUCUCUCGCUCAGGAUUUCAACUUCCUCAGUGACAUGCUUUAUUGGCUUCUGGAGGUGGCUAACAUUUGUCUCUCUCUUAAAUGGACUCUGUGGUCUCUCCAAAAGGUAAAAGACCUUCCCGGGAUUUGGGAGUCAUUUGUCCAGUUCUGUAAUGACAACGGAUACAAUUCGGAGCUAGAAACCAUACAGCUUGCGGUGACUGAUCAAAGGAGUCGACCCACGCAGCUGCACCCUCGCCGGAUGUACUCUGUUCCCACGGCGGAGGGCAGAUCAUCACCUGUAAUAUCAAAACGACAGCACUGCUAUUCCGAGACAAAAAGCUACGAGUUAGAAGAGGCAGCAUUUGAACCCCAAACCACCCGACUUAAGAGAGAUACUCAAAAGAGAAAUGAUGAAGAAACAUUCCAGACUGCAGAGGAGGCAGGAGACAGUGCUACGGCAUUACCAGGAGAAUCCCCUAAGACCUUUGAAGAGCACAUCCCUGCCAAACUUGAUAAAGACGUCCAGACUGGGGCCGAAUUACUGUCUCAACUAGAUCUUUCUCCUGCCCCUGACACAAUCCAAGUCACGUACUCCGUCAACCUCAAAACUGGACACACACAGCACGUUUCCACGACCCCGUCUUCUCAAGAACUAUCGACGGAGGACGUCUCCAAGAAGUACGUUCGUGUGGCACCUGAGACACCACUGUAUCAUCUUGAACUGAGGUACGAUUUCUUUGUCAUAUACGGCAAAAGUGCGUCUGAAUGGGUGAAACAUCGCCUGCUUGAGGAACUGGAGGGAGUUGGCUUUAAGGGAUGCAUCAAAGAUCGUGACUUCAUCCUUGGCAAACCCAAACUAGAAAACUAUUCGGAAAGCAUUAAGAACAGUGUCUGUACCAUCAUAGUUAUCACCAAGGAUUUCGAGACAAACAAUCAUGACGUCAUGGCUAUGCAUAUGGCGUUGGAGGACAGAUUAGUGAUUCCUGUUUUGCGUGAAGACAGGGACAUGCCGCCUGCACUAAAACCAAUCGAAUAUCUUGAUGCAACGGGUGCUGUAGACUGGGCAAAGUUGGAGAGAAGUAUCGAGCAACAAGUCAAGCUUGAUGUUGCUUGGGAAGGGUGAUAUAAAGACAGCAUUAUAACAUUGUGAAGUCCUAAUUUCAAUUGUUUUGGUAAUCCAAAGUUUCCAGAGUUUCUUUUGUACUUUUCAUGCUCAAUCCAAAUCCUUUUGCAGUGUAGGUUUUUGCCUCGAAAAUGAUUCUUCUAAUAUCAAAACAUUUGAUCUUUUAACUGUUUGAUUUGUGUAGUCACUACAGACAGAUGUUUUGAAUUCAAAUAGCAGUGAAGUGAAUUCGUGCGUAUAGGAAUUAUUGCAUUCGAUGUUGUGGUAUAAAGAUAUUCCGCUCGUUAUACUAAAUAAUGAUAUAUGUACAUAUUUAUGAAUGCUAUUGCAAGCAUGAUUCCAUGACAGACUGAAUGUUUAAUGCCACGAAGAAAAGCAAAGUAUAAGAGAACGAUUACUCUUUUUUCAAAUCUUAUCCAUUUUACGAAUUUAAAGCAUUAGUUGAUUCAUACAAGGCCUUUUAUUUUGUACGAGUCCGAGGAACAAAAUUUGUGACACGAGCUUUUCUCGUUCCGCCUUUGUUCAUGCCUAGCAGACGAUCUUUUGCGUCUUGAAAUUUUCCCUGGACGCUUGAUAAUUUGUCUAUUCGUCUAUUUGUUUCACUCAGAUACGGAUUGUAAUCAGUGAUCCCAACGCUUGUUCUUCCAUCUAUUAGGCGGGGUUUAGAGUCAGUGAACGAACGUUGGAUCACUGAUCACGGGUGGGAUUAGCGCGAGUCAAAUUGGCCGACAAUCAGAGGGGUUUAACCAACUGCCUCAACGUUGAUCCAAGCAAACUGGUCGGAGACAAACCGAUCAGGUGACGGGGAAAUUAUCGGCUGUUGUUGAAGAAACAUCAUGGUUUUUCUGUGGAAUAGGUCACAUCGAAAACCACUAACUACAUGUUCUCAGUAUAAACACUUAAGCGAUAGGCUGUUUUCUGGAUAAUUUUAGGCCAACUGUAAUGUUAUAACAUUAAGGUGUUUCAUAGAUUUCAUUCUACUUGAGCUGAUUUCGUUCACACGUAAUAAAUGCAUAAUAUUCAGCAAAACCUUUCAAGUCUUCUUCACAAUUAUGUGACAUAUGGCUUCUGGGAUUACAGGGGUGUGAAGUUUAUUAAGAUAAUUUAUGCAGGGAAGAGAAGGGAAGAAUGGCCCCUCUCAUAUUUUAAGAGGGGGAUAAAUAGCGUUUUAGGAAGCUGGGGCAUGUCACAUUGUCCUGCUAUCCAUUUAUAAAUCGUACAAAAACAACUUAUACUUUAACUCUGAGGUUGAAGUUCACAGGCAUAGAUUGGAUUCGUAUACCAGCCAGUAGUAAAAAGGAACAUCAAAAACAAUACGUCUGAGUUUCCUUGCUUAUACUCGAAACACACAGCCAAUAAAAAGUAAAUAUAAAAGUAUACAGGUCGUCGCCGACACAUUUCGCUAGAGCUCGGGCAAAUUCGUAAGACCUGAUAUGGUUCAAAGGGUGAGUUGAAUGUUACAUUUCGGCAAUUUGAAUUUUAAAUACAACUGUCUACACAACAACCUGCCAGAAUAAAAUGUAUGCAACAUCAGCCCUCCUACACUCCUCCAUGUCUCAGCUGCCCUAAGUUGCAUUCUCUGAAUCAGAUUUUCCAAUCUCACAGAGUGAUGAUCCUGUAUCACUUCUUAAGUGCAAAGCCUGUAUGU